GAUCAAGUCACGCUAAUUAAAUCUGUUUAUAUGAAAGCACCUGAGCCUUGAAGCUUCUACUGUUCCUACUGCGAAGCACAUUCAUAGUGAUGGGGUUUUCAUUGCAUUUGUUGCUUCUUUUUGUUCACUCAGCUAUAUGCUUUUCAGGGCAAACAUUCCCUUAUAUGACUUCAGAUGUCCAAGAAGUCUCCGGUAGGUUUUUCGACUACAUUGUGGUUGGAGGAGGCACUGCAGGCUGCCCCCUAGCUGCAACCUUGUCCGAGAAAUUCUCAGUGCUGCUGGUGGAACGAGGUGGCUCGCCUUAUGAAGAUCCCUUCAUCAUGGAUACAAAGCACUACGGGCUCUCAUUGCUCCAAAUUGACGAGUAUACAUCAGUUGCACAAAGCUUUGUCUCGGAAGAUGGUAUCAGCAAUCUCAGAGGAAGAGUCCUAGGAGGAUCAUCUGCUCUCAAUGGCGGAUUCUACAGCAGAGCAAGUGAAGGUUUUAUCGAAAAGGUUGGGUGGGAUAAUGAAGGAGUAAGGGACGCUUAUGAAUGGGUGGAGUCUAGAAUCAUCUCUAAACCUGAUUUGACUCCAUGGUCGUAUGUGGCUGCGUUUAGCUUUCUUGAAGCUGGGAUUUUUCCUUAUAAUGGUUUCAGUUUGGAGCAUAUUCCGGGAACAAAGAUUGGUGGUAGCUUGUUCGAUGAACAAGGAAAGAGAUGCCUCUCAGCUGAUCUUCUACAGGCAGGAAAUCCAACCAAUAUCACAGUACUCUUGAAUGCAACUGUAAACAAUGUUAUUUUUCAUACAAAUUGUACCGGAGGUGAGAAGAUAGCUCGAGGUAUAAGAUUCAUCAAGAGCGAUGGCAGCUCCAACCGGACAUAUGAAGCUUACCUCAACCAACAACCAGGCAAUUCGAGUACAUUGGGUGAUGUGAUACUAGCUGCAGGAGCUUUAGGCAGCCCACAGAUAUUGUUGUUAAGUGGCAUUGGCCCUCAAGAACACCUAAACAACUUCAAAAUCCCGCUAGUACUUGACUUGAAGGAAGUUGGAGAAGGAAUGCAAGACAAUCCAGGUAUUGCAGUCUUAGCUGACUCCAAGCCGCAAAAUCGAACACCAGAACCUCCUAAAGUUGCUGGUAUUACAGACGACUUCCAAAUCAUAAUCGAGGCAGGGAUCUUACCUGUUAGCCUUAAUGCAACAGUGAUUCCGAUUGCUGCCAAAAUUGCUUUCCCAGAGUCAGUAGGAAAGCUUGAACUCAACAACACUGACCCCAGAGCUAACCCAUCAGUUGCAUUCAAUUACCUAUCAUCCGAUAAAGACAGGGCACAAUGUGUGAAGCUGGGACAGCUGCUUGAGCGGGUUGUAAGGUCUGAAUCAAUUGCUUUCUUCCUAGGUUCCAAUGAACACCAAAACAAGAUGAUGUCUACCGAAGAUGAGCUCCGAAAACAUUGCAAGAACAAUGUCAGAACCUUCUACCACUACCAUGGUGGCUGCACAAAGGGAUCAGUGGUCGACGAGAAUUAUAGGGUUCAUAACGUUGAAGGAUUGAAAGUGAUUGAUGGUUCAACCUUCCUGGAAUCACCCGGGACUAAUCCAAUGGCCACUCUGCUAAUGCUCGGAAGAUACCAAGGGGUCAAAAUUCUUGAAGGUAGAUAGAAAUGAAUAAAGAAAUGCUUCCCUUAACAAUCCCUCAACCUGAUCAGCUUGUAACAGAUAAUUACUUUGAUCGAUCAUAAAUCUUAACAAGGUCCGUUCUUUGCAUUAGAACUCUGACACGGAACAGCAGCGUAUGUUCACAUAAAGA